AUGGUCUCUCUCAGCGACGUCCGCGCCCACAAUGCGACCCUCUCAUCCUUCGCUCCCAACCUCGUCGCCAUCUUCGUCGGUGGCACCUCAGGCAUCGGCCAUUAUACUGCCUUAGAGUUUGCACGCAACACCCGCUCUCCCCACAUUUACCUAAUCGGCCGCAAUGCCACGGAAGCUGCCAAAAUCACCAAUGAGCUCAAAGCCAUCAACUCAUCCUGCAAGGUCAACUUUAUACAGCAAGACGUAAGUCUGCUGCGCAAAGUGGAUGAGGCGUGCAAGGAGAUCCAGGCGAAGGAGCAGAAGGUGAAUCUGUUGUUCAUGACAAUCGGCUAUAUGACCUUCAAGGGCCGAAACGAGACCAAGGAGGGCCUAGACCACAAGUUCGCCCUUCACUAUUACGCGAGAGCGCGUUUCAUGCAUAAUCUAGCACCUCUGCUGGACGCAGCGGCCAAGAGUGAUGAUCCUGAGGCGACGUUGUCGCGCGUCGUGUCCGUGUACGAUCCUGCGCUCGGAAAGAAUAAUGACUUCGAUUUCUCCGACCCUUCACUCAAGAACAAAUUCUCUCUUAAGAAUUGCGCGACCCAUGGGAGUGCCCUAGGCAACUUUGCCAUUGAGCAUCUGGCGAAACAAUGGCCCAACACCUCCUUUAUCCACGAGCAGCCGGGUAUCGUCGAGACUUCCGGUGGCCGCAACCCAUGGCUCAAGCCCGUCUAUGCUCUGCUGUCGCCAUUCUCAGUGAGCACGAAGGAAAGCGGUGAGAGACAUUUAUUUGAAGCGACUGCCUCGCGCUAUUCACCCAGAGCAAAGGCCGAAGGAGUACAGGGUGUUGUGAACGGCGGUGAUGGUGUCGAAGGGAGUGGUCAUUACCAGCUAUCCUGGAACGGCGAGGCCCAGCCUGACACAAAGAGGGCGGCUAAUAUGCGGGCCGAGGGCGCCGAGGAAAAGAUGUGGGCGCACACGACUGAGGUAUUUCAUAAGAUUUGCGACGAGGGAGGCAGAUACUAG